GAGUACCGGAACAGGUCUGCAGUCCCAUGGAAGGCUACAAGUGUCUCCUUCAUUGGAGCCACUUUCGUUCUAGUAUCUCCCGCGGCAAAACCGACGACUAAAGCGGGGAGAAAAAACACCGGAUACGCCGAGACUGAUACUUCCGCUGACAAGCCCUGCGGGGGGAAAUUGUUUCGGCGUUUCUGGAAGAAUGGGCACGUCCAGGUGCCUGGUAUGAAGAAACAAACCCACAAGGUGUUGAAGAGGGGGGAAGAGGAGGAGAGCUUGUGUUGCUGUGAGUACGUGAACAGACAUGGGGAGCGCAGUCACAUAGCCGCCUGCUGUUGUGACUGUGAGGAUCUGGACGAUGCCUGUGACAGGUUUUUUAAGAGGGAUUCUCAGAAACCUGACUCCCUGUCUCAAGUGGCUGCAGUCAUCUCUGACCGGAUCCGUGUGCCCUGGCUGUGGGGCGGAGCUCAAAAGCUGGACCUGUCCAUUGUCCCUCCUCUUAUUCUCCUCCCUGCCAUGCUGCACCUCGCUGCUCUCCACUUCCUGCUCGGUCUAGUGGUUCUGACCGCUCUGCCCGGUUUGGUGCUGUGGUACUACUACUUCACCCAUCGAAAGAAAGGACAAACUCUCUUCUUCCUCAGCCUGGCUCUCUUCUCCUUGGCGUACAUGUAUUAUUUGUUCAUCGCCGAGGUGUUUCCCCGUGGAGAUGUUGGUCCCGUUGAGCUGGCUGCUGUGACAGUGGGGGUCUCCCUCACUGUACUGGUGCUUUUCCACUCAAAGAGAAAUCCCGGCGUUGUUCGGACAAGCAGAGAGGCGAUCCACAGCACAGUGACGUACUACAGUCCCUCAGCAGACAGGGAUUCCCUCCUCAAUGGACGCAGGCAAGAUGUCCUGUUGACCGCCGCCAGCCAGACGGGGUUUACAGAGCCGGACGGGCCCGAGCUGAAGGAAAGUAACCGGAACUGGUGCAGCGUGUGCCAGGUGGUGAGGCCUCCGAGGGCUGGACACUGCCGGAUCUGUGGUGUCUGUGUGCUGCGUCUCGACCACCACUGUGUCUGGAUAAAUAGCUGUGUGGGGCAGGCCAACCACCGCAGCUUCCUGCUCACUCUUGUCCUCUUCUUGCUGACGUCGCUGUACGGCAUCGGCCUGGUGCUGCGCAGCGUGUGUCCGCAGCAGCUCCUCCUCACGGCCUUGCUCUACUGCCCUGGAGUUUACAACCAGUUCAGCACUGCACUUUGCUUCACCUGUGUGUGGUACUGCAGCAUUGUGUCAGCUGGUGUUCUUCACCUGCUGGUGGUGCAAGUCGUCAACAUAAGCUGCAAUGUGACAGAGCGCGAGGCCAGAGCUGCCCUCCGCGAGAAAAGCGCCCGCAGCUCCUGCUGGGGGCUGGUGGUGGAAACGGGGGUUUACUCCAGAGGCUUCAGCGGCAACUGGUCCGAGUUCAUGAGCAUGGGAGACAAAGUGAGCCCCCCCUCUCCUGCUCAUUUGGUGUGACCUUUCUGUCCUUUGGGAAUUGACGCUGCUGUUUCCACGUCAUCCACUGGAUGGCAGCAUGGUCCUAUUACUGAUCGGGUCUUUAGCUGGGGACAGCAAAUUGAAACUGAGAGCUUAGCAACGAUCUGGACUUUCUCUGUCUGGCAAUAAGAACCUAAAACCUCAAAGAUUUACUGCCGUUAACUUGACCGACAGCUCGCCUCCCAUCUAUGCAGAAUCCACUUGAAUGUGUUGCUGCAUGACAACCACCCUCCUCCAUUCUGGAUCUUUUCCCUCUGAUCUGAUGGGGGCAAAAAUAUCAAUGGGUGGGUGGGUGGUUUGUACGUGGCAGUUCUUCCAUCCUCCUUAACUGCACUUCGCACAGAUAAAUGAAGCGUGAAGCUAAUGUAAAGUACACGAGCAAUAGAUUCCCAGUAACAUAUUUCUAGUUGCUUUGACUUAACUUGCAACUAGAAUAAACAGAAAAAAAAAUGAAGCUGCAUGCUUCAUUGCACAUCUGGUUUUCAAUCCUAGAUGGAAUUUCAUUGUUUUGUGUCAAAAUAGUUAUGAAGU